ACUUUAGGAGGCUUUGCCAACUGCAUGCUCUUGGGAAACCAUGGCUGAAAGCAAUGAGCUUGUUUCAAGUAACAACACGAUCACUCCAGAGAUCAUCCAGGAGCUUCUUCCGGCUGCGGAGCGAACCGCUCUUCUCUAUCAUCUCUCUUACCUGACACUGGGUACUUUCCCAAAACUGGAGCGUCUGAUCAAACAGCAAGCUCUUGAUACACAAAUGCUGUUUGAAUCCUCUGGAGCUGUUCUGCUAAAGUGUGUCGGCACAAGUCACAACCUGGUCUCCUCCCUGUUCCCAAUGCUGAGGAAGGCUGUUGAAAUUAACAAACCUGAAGUGGCUAAGAAUUACCUGGAGAAAGCCAAAACAUGGAUUGAUGACAUCAUCAGAGCUGUGGAUGAGACUGUGAAGAGGUAUGAACAACAACAAAAAAGUGUGGCGAUGUCUACCAGUGAUUUAUUUCAAGAAGAGAAAGAGAUUGAAGGAAAAUUAACUCAAAGUGAAGAGAGGAUGGAGAUGUUACAGAGGGCUGUGGACAUUGUUCAAAAGAAACAGGAAAAAACUGCCAACGAUCUUAAGGAAAUUGAGCAAAAAAUUGCAAUAAAAAACCGAGAGAUGCAGAAACACGUUGUGAAGGUUUCUCUAAAAAAAUCUGGUGUGGGUUUCCUGGCCUCCUUGGUUCCAUGUGUUCGUUUUGUUGUUAAAUCCAUUUAUGAUGUUGCAACUGCCCCUGGGAAUACUCGUAAAACCCAUGAGCUCAAUACCGAACUAUCUCGUCUCAGAUCUGAAAAGAGAUUACUGGCAAACAGAGAUUACGUUUUGCAAGACAAACUGAUGGAUCUUAAGCUGAAGUUGACCAGUUGUAAAAUGCAGACGGGUGGAUAUGUCGACAUGAAGGAUGUCCAGGACAAUUUUUCUCAAAUCCGUAAAAUUCUGGUUCAGCUUAAAGACUUUUGGGUGAAAAUGGGAGUUCAGUUGCAGUAUCUGAAAGACAAGACCUUUGUUGAUGAGUCCUUUGUUGAUGAGUUUUAUGAUGAUGACAUGAAGGAUGAGUUUCUGCAUUCUAUUGAAAUAGCUGGAGAGUACUGGCAGGAAUUUGGUGAAGGCUGUAAGAAAGCAGAGUGCAUCUUCAGCGUUCAAUCUAAGAAUGCAUAUUUAUUCCUGGAGACUAAUCCUUCAUCACUAUCAGAGGAUGAAUGCAAUGAGCAGUAUCACUUAGUAAUGGAGAAGCUUAAGGAGUUGAGCAAUCAGGCUGCGUCCACAGCCGCCAUCCCUGCACUACCACAGGAGCGACCACCUGAAUAUAAUUGUAUGGUUGUUCCAUCCCAGGAACCCCUACAAAUUUACCAACCUCCAGCAACCUAUCAAACCCAAAUGUUUUACCAACCCCAAGUAAUUUACCCAUCCCAAGUGACUUACCAACCCCAAGUGACUUACCAACCCCAAGUGACUUACCAGCCCCAAGUGACUUACCAACCCCAAGUGACUUACCAAUCCCAAGUGACUUACCAAUCCCAAGUGAUGUACCAACCUCAAGUGACUUACCAAUCCCAAGUGAUUUACCAACCAUAAGUGACUAACCAAUCCCUGGUGAUUUAGCAACCCCAAGUUAUUUACCAACCCCAAGUAACUUAACAACCCAAAGUGAUUUACCAAUCCAAAGUGAUUUACCAAUCCCUGGUGAUUUACCAACCAUAACUGACUAACCAAUCCCUGGUGAUUUAGCAACCCCAAGUUACUUACCAACCCCAAGUGACUUACCAACCCAAAGUGAUUUACCAACCCCAAAGUGACUUACCAACCCAAAGUUACUUACCAACCGCAAAAUGAUUUACCAACCCAAAGUGACCUACCAACCCCAAAGUGACUUACCAACCCAAAGUGACUUAGCAACCCCAAAAUUAUUUACCAACCCAAAGUGACUUACCAACCCAACAUGAUUUACCAAUCCCAAGUGAUUUACCAUCCCAACGUGAUUUACCAAUCCCAAGUGAUUUACCAACCAAAAGUGACUUACCAACCCCAAGUGACUUACCAAUCUCAAGUGAUUUACCAACCCCAAGUGACUUACCAACCCAACGUGACUUACCAAUCCCAAGUGAUUUACCACCCCCAAGUGACUUACCACCCCCAAGUGAUUUACCAACCCCAAGUGACUUACCAACCCAACGUGAUUUACCAAUCCCAAGUGAUUUACCAACCACAAGUAAUUUACCAACCCAAAGUUAUUUACCAACCAAAAGUGACUUACCAACCCCAACGUGAUUUACCAAUCCCAAGUGAUUUACCAACCCCAAGUAACUUACCAACCCAACGUGAUUUACCAACCCAAAGUUAUUUACCAACCAAAAGUGACUUACCAAUCCUAAGUGAUUUACCAACCCCAAGUAACUUACCAACCCAACGUGAUUUACCAACCCAAAGUUAUUUACCAACCAAAAGUGACUUACCAAUCCCAAGUGAUUUAC